GGGCGUGUUCAUUAGAGAGGGCGUAUUCUCUCUCCAAUCAAGGCUACGUAUAACAUCAUUCGAAUGCGUUUGCUUUUAUGCAUUUGUCGUGUUUAUUUUUCAUGCACUUAAAUGCAUUUGUUAACGUUCUUUUACUGCUGAAAACAACGUUCUUUUUUCUUACAAACGAGUAAAAGCACAGUAUUUAUAAUGCAUUUUUUUUGUCAGCGUUCUCUUCGUCGAAGCCACAUCACCAAAAUUUGAUGAUUUGCAUUUCAGCGGUGUGACUAUCGACAAUGUCUAUUUUCGACGACCUUCAUUUCAAUGAUCGAAGCCAUCAACGAUAUUCUGACAUCAUACCUGCAAUGUAUAUAUGAAUAUCUAUGAUAUUUAUUUAGAAAGAGUAAAAGUAAAGAACGAUCAUCGGAAUGAAACUCACGCACAUAGAUGAUCGAAAAGCAUUCGGCGAUCUUUCUUUCGGUAUUGUUUGUUUCGGCAUGACUUUCGAUGAUUUCAGUUUUCGGUAAUGAGAUGCACAACUGUUUGUUUAUCACCAUAACAAUGUUGUACUCAAAUUGCAGCCCAGCUUUAAUUUUUUCAUUGUUGACUUCUUGUAUUGGCCGCCAAGAAAGUUUAGUUGCUUUGCUCACAAUAAAAAUUCAACUAUUACUAUAGCCUAUUUAUUCAACGAAACAGACACUUUAACAUGCAUAGUUUUUCGUUCUCUCCAAACGCAAUUUAUGACUAAUACCAAUAACAACCGUCUUUUAUUUUUAUAUGUCUUAUUAUGUUCUGUUUCUUCAGCAAUGGAAUUGAUGCAUUGCAAAAAUCUUUAUCUAUUCCACUUUUCUUUUUGUUUCCUAACUGUAGCUGAUGAUCUUAUAGUGCUAUAAUGAAAUUGAAUCGAAAAAAAAUCAGACAUAUGCAGUACUUUCAUAUGAUGAGUAUCUUUACAGAAAUCAUUGCUUUUUUCUACUUGUAAAUUAAAAAGUUCAAUCGAUGUGCAUCUACCACGAUGACCAAUCGUACGCCAGAUAUAACCAAGCAACAAAAAAAAAGCAUUAAAUACUUAUCGUGAUCCACAAAAUAUCUACAUAUUUUUCCUAGUAACCGAAAGUAUAUUCAAUCAAUAACAAUUAAAACCAGAACCCACUUGACCAAGCUAAAUAUUCAAAUCCUCACACAGCAUAUGAACAUUGAAAAAUAAAAAGAUAUCACUAUACACGCAAAGUCAAACAUUCAUUUAGUCUUUAUAACGGCAGCUGCACUAAGCAGCAGCAAAAGCACUGAAUAUCUGCUACUUUCGAUGUACACACUGUUUUGUAUUUUGAGUCAAAUUUACGAAACAUUACUUUUUUUAAUAUUUCAAUCACUUUUUCAAAAUCUCAGAGGAAGAAAAUCCAUUUUUCGCUUAUCCUCUUUUUUGAUCAUUGAAAAGACACAUUCCUCCACCAAAAAAAAUCUCUGCCUUCUUUUUUUUGUUUUUUUCUUAUACUUUAUACAACUUCAUUAUCGUAUAUUUUCAUAUAAUCAGUUAACCAAAAAAGAUACUGUACAAACACACGUAAGAAGUACCAAAAUAGCGCAAAGAAAACUUCUGUUUUGGAUAUCGCUGAGAAAGACAGCAUCGAUCAUAGGUCAUGCAUAAGUGCUAGUCACUCAUAAUGGAGGUAUGUGUGUUGAUAAGUGAAAAGAUGGCACAUAUUCGAGUCAAAUGAAAGCUCUCAUCACCAAACUAACAAGGCUAAAAUAUUAGCGGCCCUUGGCUUGUCUAGAGGGAGAUAUUCGAUUUUUAUUGUAUUUAUAGUAUAUGUAGGAUGUCCAUAAUUGAAAAUUUCAGUGGGAUUUAUUUUUCUUUUUUCAUGAUGGUUGGAUAGAACUCAUCCAGUUGCAUUAGAAAAACUAUAUUUCAAAUUUUAAAAAGAGAUUUUAAAAAAUUUUUUGCAUAGAAUCGGAAUUUUGGAUCUAUUUUUCCUUAUAUCAAUAUAUUUUAUAUAGAUAACGUCAAUUUACAAGGAGGAGUCGAAACUUUUGAAACAACUUUACUUUCUAAUGAAUUCUUUAUUAUGUGAUAAUAAAAAUGUUUAUAUGAAUUAGAUAGUUGAUUCAUAAAAUAAUUGAAAGAUUAUCAAUAUCUUGUUUUUCUUUUGGUAGUUGUUUAAUAAGUUUUACUAUAUGUACAUGAAAACUUUGUUUUAACUAUAGUUAACACAUCAAACCUUUUAA